AUGGAGAUGAAGGUUGAGAUAUUAGCUAGAGAAAUCAUCAAGCCAUCUUCUCCCACUCCCAAUCAAUUUAGAAUUUACAAGCUCUGUUCUAGGGAUCAAUACUCUCCCCAUCAUUACAUCCUAGCUGUUUUCUUCAAUGCCAACCCUACUCGUGAUGUGAAUCACGAAGAGAUGGUUAGCAUAAGAUCCCAACGCUUAAAGGAAACUCUCUCUGAAACCCUCACUCGCUUCUACCCACUUGCCGGAAGACUGAGAGACAAUCUCUUUAUCGAUUGUAACGACGAGGGUGUUGAUUAUUUGGAAGCUCGAGUCACCGACUGUCCUCUCUCAGACAUUCUUGAACAACCGAAAGUCGAAGAAAUGUACCGUUUAUUUGAACCCAACCCCGAAGACUUUAACAAGAACCCUCUGUUGUUCGUUCAACUUAACUUCUUUCCAUGCGGUGGAAUGGCACUUUGUGUGCGUAUGUCUCACAAGAUCGCCGAUGGAGUCGCGUAUGCUGCCUUCGUUAAGGCCUGGUUUGACAUCGCCCUCGGGUCAUCUGCGACUAUUGUUCCAGAUUUCAUUUCUGUAUCGUCUCACUUUCCACCGAGAGAGGACAGCCGGUGUUGUCAAUGA